AUGAAAAGAAAAAGGCAGGAAGGGAGAGCGUCCCAACCGGAGAAAAAACAGAAAAUUUUGGAGGAACCUAUUCAUGGUCCUCGACCUAUCGUUAAUCAGUUCCUUUCUUUUGCGGAAAAAUGUUUACCUUGUAAGGUGUUGUUGGAUACUGGUGCAACUGGUCCUGUUUUGUCUGCUGUUUUUGUUGAUAGUUUUGAGGUCCCGAAGGUGAAACGAGACGUCCCAGCCCGGGUAUUUGGAUUUACGGGAGAAGUUAUGAAGGGCACGGGACACGCCUUUACACAACCAUUAAUUAUAAUGUCAAGGGGGCAUCAAACGCAACUAUCAUUCGAGAUCGCCCCUCUCCCGCCUGGCAUCGAUGCGAUACUACCGAACUGGUGGUUGAAACAACACAAACCGGUUAUAGGGGCAAAUGGGGAA